GGCUGAAUUCAAACGGACGGCGGGAGGGGAGCGGCGCCAUCUUGGGGCCGGAGCCGGCAUCUUCGGCCCCUCAACCUCGGCCCUCAGCGAGGGGUAGGGCAGCGCUCUGGUGGUUCCUCGCUCUUCUCCAUGCGCAGCCGCGAGCCAUGCACGUAGCCGGCUUUGACUCGUCAGACGAAGAGGCCGCUGAGGAGGAGGGGGAGAAACCGGCGCCGCUGCCGCUGUCCUGGCUUCCUCUGUCUCCUGCCUACUCGUCUGCGUUCCUGGGCGUGUGUUCCCUGCCGGGUUGCAGGUUUAAGGAUGUUAGAAGGAAUCUUCAGAAAGAUAUCGAUGAACUAAAGAACUGUGGGACACAGGAUGUGUUUGUGCUUUGUACCAAAGGAGAGCUCUUAAAAUACCGAGUACCAAACCUUAUAGAUGCCUACCAAGAGUGUGGGAUCUGUGUGCACCACUAUCCCAUUCCAGAUGGAGAUGCUCCUGACAUGACCACCUGCUGUACAAUUCUGGGAGAGCUCAGAAGCUGCUUGGAAAGCAACAGGAAGACAAUCAUCCACUGUUAUGGCGGUCUCGGACGCUCCUGUCUCAUAGCUGCAUGCCUCCUGCUUCAGCUUUCGGAUGUAGUGACACCUCAGCAAGCAAUAGACAGCCUCAGAGAAUUAAGAGGAUCUAGGGCGAUACAGACAAUCAAGCAAUACAAUUAUAUCCAUGACUUCCGAGAGAAUGCAGCUGCACAGCUGGAAGCACAGGAUACAGUACAAAGAUCGGUGUCACGGUGAACAUGUGCUGGACUGGCUUUGUCUACGUGGCUGUGGCAGACACCUGGAUGAGGCAGCUCAUCUCAACCUCAAUAACUGCUUGCUGUUGCUGCCUCAGUGACACUGCUGCUCACUUUCAGAUGUGUGUGUAAAAUGUUGGGGCUGGGAGCAGAAAUCUUGAUGGCCACAGAGCAUCUUCAUCUUUUUAGCAAUCGUUAGUACUCACUGCCUUAAAAAUGCACUGAACUGUUUUGUGUUCAUUUCUGGUGUGGUGGUGACCUGAAUUCCUAACAGGCUUCUUCUCAACACAAGGACAACUUGAAUGUAGACUAUCUCAUGUUUAGCAUCUCUUGGCACUGUGCUGCCACUGCACUGGUGUGCUGGCCUCUCUGUGUUGACAUUCUGGUGUGUUUACUGCAUGGAAGCAGGGCUGGGCUAUCAAAGCUACAACUGAA